AUGGGGUCUUCUAAGCCCCUCCACGCCUUUCGCAUCGCGAAGACUCCCAAGCGACUCCAAGACUUCGCCAGAAAUCUUGAAGUUGCCUUGGAAAGAGCCAUCGCAAACAAUGGACCCUACAACAAGGUUUCCGUUCUCGCUUUCCAUUGGGCCAACGAUGAAAUGCAGGUGGAGAUCUUGGAAAGUCAGCUCCUGGAAAUCUUCACCAAAGUGUACGGUUAUGAAACCGAGUCCUUUACCAUCCUAGUGGCACAGUCCACUCAAUGCUUGGCCGACAAGCUUGUUGAGUGGAGCAAACGUCGUCGAGGAAAAAGAACGCUUAGAAUCUGUGUCUAUUCAGGCCACGCCUCCCACGCGGCAAAAUAUCAGAAGACUGGGAAGAUUCUCAGCGGGACCUAUAUCUCUACAGACCUAGCCACAGACAACCCAAAUGUGAUCAAUCAUUUCUAG